GGAGGAUCUCUCAAUCGAUUCCGAGCUGGAAAAGGGGUACCAGAAUGAUAUGCGGCAUGUUGAAGACUCAACCAGCAUCGAGCGUACGAGCAACAUUGCUCCACCCUCAGUGGAGGAGAAGCACCUGGUCAGGAAGAUGGAUAUGCGUCUGCUCCCUGUUUUGGUCAUGUUAUAUGUGAUGGGAUUCUUGGACCGGGUCAAUAUCGGAAAUGCCCGACUGUAUAGCCUCGAAGCCGAUCUCGGUCUGACAGGAGACGACUAUCAACUCUGCGUCUCCGUCCUUUUCGCCACGUACGUUGUCUUUGAAAUGCCUGCCAACAUCUUUCUGAAGAAGGUCGGCCCUCGAAACUUCAUCCCCCUUGCCUCUGUCAGCUGGGGUCUGGUCAGUAUGUGUACUGGCUUUGUGCAGAACAAGACCCAGCUUAUCGUUGUACGACUCCUACUCGGAGCAUGUGAGGCGGGCUAUUUCCCAGGAAUCUGUCUCUACCUUGGAUUCUGGUAUUGUCGGCGUGAGCUUGGAGUGCGCGUCUUCUAUCUGUUCACCGCGUCCGCCGUGGCGGGCUCCUUUGGGGGCUUGCUAGCGUACGCCAUCGGACAUAUGGAUGGCAUUGCCAACUAUCAUGCCUGGAGGUGGCUCAUGAUCCUUGAGGGCAUUCCAACCAUCUGUCUUGGCGUCGCCGCGUACUUCCUCCUCGACAACGAGCCUGCCUCUGCCAGAUUCCUGACAGCGGAGGAAAAGCAGCUGGCUCUCAGUCGCAUAGAACGCGACUCCGCUGGGCUGUCAGCGGCCGAGCAGUCAGAAGGCCUGAAUUGGUCGCAGGUCAUGGUGGGACUCAAGGACUGGAGGAUCUGGGUCUUCAGUAUCGCCCAGGUAGGUGUGACGGUCAUGCUGUACGGCUACUCGACCUUCCUGCCGACCAUCAUCGAAGCGCUGGGAUACUCAGGAGUGCAGACCCAGCUUCUCACCAUUCCAUGCUACGCCUGUGGAGCGGUUUCCUAUGCAAUUACCGCAUAUUGGUCUGACCGGCUGGGCCAACGUGGAGUCUUCACCGUGGGAGGAUGUUUGGUCGCCUCCGCCGGAUACGCCAUCUUACUCGGCACAUCGCACGAUGGCGCAGGCGUCCAGUAUGCUGGGUGCCUUAUCGUUGCUAUCGGGUUAUACGUCUCUGUUGGUGUGCCCAUCUCGUGGAUGCCAAACAAUCUACCAUCGGCCUAUAAGCGUGCUGCAGGCAACGGUCUCAUGUUCAUGAUGGCCAACUGCGCUGGUGUCAUUUCGUCCUACAUCUAUUUGACCCAAGAUGCGCCCGAGUACACAAUGGGGCAUGCCGUGGUUCUUGGCUUUGUGUUGCUGUCGGGUAUCCUAUUUGCCAUCAUGUCAGCGGUGCUGUGGAGAGAAAACCGCAAGCGAGACCGCGGAGAGCGGGACUAUCGUCUCCAAGGCAAGUCAGACGAGGAGCUGGCGGCAUUGGCGGACGACCAUCCGUGGUAUCGCUACCUGUAUUAG